CCUAUGUGGGAUCCCGUACUGUUGAAGCGGUGCUGACUGAUGUCUGAAGAUGGCAGAGCUAACAACACUUGAGAGCCUGCUGGAGAUGGGCUUUGACAGGAACAGAGCGGAGAAGGCGGUGGCCAACACGGGGAACCAGGGAAUAGAACAAGCCAUGGACUGGUUAAUGGAGCAUGAAAAUGACCCAGACAUUGAUGAGCCCUAUGUGCCGCCUGUGGGCAACGUCCUGGGAGGAGUAGCAGACAGCCAGUCCAGCACAGAACAGCCGACACUAGAAGACACCGACAAAGGGACGGCAGGUGGAGACAGCAGCCUCAUUAAUGACAUGGAAAGCGGAGGUCAGGCAAUGACAGAGGAGGAGAGACGUGAGCAAGUCAAAAGACUAGAGGAGCUGAUGCGAGUGAAGCAGGCAGAGAGAAGAGAGCGAGAGCGGGCAGAAGAGCUGGAGAGGGAGAAGCAGAGGAGGAGGCAGGGCCAAGAGCUGCAGCAGAUCCGCCAAAAGCUGCAGGAUGAUGACAUGAAAAAGCUCGCGGAUCAACGCAGGAAAGAGAAGAUGGAGGACAAAUUGGCCAGACAAAGGGUUAAAGAAAAGAUAGCACGAGACCGAGAGGAGAGAGCACAAAAGUUCGGAGGUGGAGGAGCCUCUAGCACGGCCACUGCGUCCCAGCCCGCCCAGCCCAGCCCAUCAUCACCCACCAGUCAGGGCCCUCCACCCACUAAGAAGGAAUAUGAAGAGUCCAGGAUACAGGUCCGUCUGCUGGACGGCUCAACCAUCAACACAGUGUUCAAGGCCCAGGAGCCGCUGGCGGCAGUGCGCGUCUACGUACAGGUGAACGGCAACACACCCGAAGGUCAGGAUUUCACGCUGCUGUCACCCUACCCCCGUCACGUCUACACUGAACUGGACAUGGAGAAGCCCCUCAAAGAGCUGGGUUUGGUGCCUUCAGCUGUGCUGGUUGUUGCCAAAAAGUGAGAUCAGAGGAUCUGCUCUGUGAGCCUACCUCACCACCUCCACUACAUCAACACCUGAGACACCAGAAGCAGACUGAUCCAGAAACAGAGCCCACAGCUUCAGUAUCAUUCAGUAAGCCAGCUAACUGAACUAAAGCAGUGAGACUGUGUAUUCUUAAAAUCUAGUUAUGGAAAAGUUACAAAGAAAAAUGGUUUGGCUUUUUUUUUAAGACUGACUGCCUGAAUGAAACCCCUCACCAUUCUGGGCUGAUUGAUUUCACUGGAUAUUGAUUUGUGUGCAGUGAGCUUGACAGUGACUUUUACUAAUUCAAGAACAUAGUGAGGUGAGCUGGCUUCUGAGUGAUACUGCUUUGAUGAGCACCACUCAUGGUUACAACACAUUUAUAAAGACAAUACAGAACAAAGUUGUUCAAUUUUAACCUGAUCGUUACAUAGCAAAGUACCACAGACCACCUGCUCUACUGGUUCUUAACAGGCCUUACAUUUAAUCCCCACGAUCUUCCUGAUUUUGUGACAUUCUACUUUGCCAUUUUUUUUUAUAAGUUAAAAUAUAUUGACAGUUAUGUCUGCAUAAUCACCAAGAAUCUACUUAAAAUAAAGCUGACUUGGAGAACUGUGA